CUGAGUAGCAGCGGCAGGAGAAAAGGGGGUUUAAGGCUGACCCUGCCUGAAGCUCUCUUGGGACCUGCUGGGCAUCAGAUUAAUGCUCUCAAAUGCGCCAAGUAUCGAAAACAUUGCCUCCAAUGAAUUGCAUCGGAUUCUGUUUGUGGAACAACUCUUGAGCAGGAGAACUGCAUCUAUCUCCGCACAAUUGUGAAAGUCACAUUCUGUGGGCUGCUGGCCUAAGUAGGUUCUGUGUACUGUAUUGACAAGUGAUCCCAAAAUGCCUCUCAACGAUGAGCAGAACGGUGACUGCGAUUCUUCCCGAUUCUCCGAAAGCACAGCUUCUUCUUCCAGCGACUCCGAAUACUCAAGGCAGAGUUUCACCAGCGACUCUUCAAGCAAGCCCGGCUCUCCAGCUUCUACAAGCCCUCCCAAAGUGGUUACAUUUGAUGAAAUGAUGGCAGCAGCAAGGAACUUGUCAAACUUGACUCUGGCUCACGAAAUUGCUGUAAAUGAAAACUUUCAUUUGGAGCGCACUGAACAUCCACCAAACAGCUUGACUAGAAGGGUGAAACACAUUGUGCACCAAGCAUUCUGGGAUUGUUUGGAGGAAGACUUGAAUGAAGAUCCUCCCAAAUAUGAACAUGCCAUCAAGCUAUUUGAAGAAAUUAAAGAGAUUCUUCUUUCUUUCCUGAACCCUGGGGCUAACAGGAUGCGAAGCCAAAUCUGUGAAGUUCUCGAUGCCGACCUCAUAAGGCAGCAGGCCAAGCACAAUGCGGUUGACAUCCAGGGUCUCGCAAACUAUGUCAUUAGCACCAUGGGGAAGCUGUGUGCUCCAAUAAGGGAUCAUGACGUCAACCAGUUAAAAGCUACUGGGAAUAUUGUCAUAUUGUUCAGGCAAAUAUUCCAUGUUCUGGAUCUCAUGACAAUGGAUAUGGCUAAUUUUACUAUUCGGAGCCUUCGGCCUCAUCUUCAGCGUAACUUGGUGGAUUAUGAAAGAGCGAAAUUCCAAGAUAUACUUGAAGAAACGCCAAGUGCCCUGGACUUGACCACAGAAUGGAUAAGGGAAUCUAUACAAGAUGAAUUGUCUUCUCUUUCCUGUGAAAUAUCAUCGUGUACUGGUGCUAAUGGGAUGUCCAAAACAAAUCUGAGCCCUACUUCGGUGCUAACAAACAGCUACUUGAAACUCUUGCAGUGGGAUUACCAGAAAAAGCCUGUUCCUGAGACAUUAAUGACAGAUGAAGGUCGUCUUCGGGAGUUAACAGACAAACUGAAUCAGUUGAAGGUUAUAGCGUGUGUGUGUCUCAUAACAAGCAACAUGUUGGCUGCAGUUAUUGAGUGCAUUCCCGAUUUUGUAGAGAAACAAAAGCGGAUUUCAUUUGUGCUACUUGAAGGAAUGAAUAAGAAGAGUUUUGAUUUGAAAGAAGCUCUUAAUGCAAUAGGUAUUCGUACGUGUAGUGAAAUAAAUGAGUCAGUGACUGAGAGAGGCUUCCCACCACUAAAUAAGGAAAUGCAAACAAAUUUAGUAGGGCAGCUCUGCAACAUCACUGAGGAAGACAAUCCUAUCAACUCCUUAAUUGAUAAACGGAUUCAUUUGUACAUGAGAAGCUUGCUUGCUUCUCCAGGCUUUCAAAAGUCUAUGCCCACAAUUCCAGGAGGCCUUGCCGUGAUUCAGACUGAGAUAGAGACCAUUGGAUCACAGUAUGCCAACAUUGUUAACCUGAAUAAACAGGUGUAUGGACCAUUCUAUGCGAGUAUUUUCCGAAAACUGCUCUUCAGUGAAUCAAGCAAAGCAGAGGCUGAACCUUCUACCAACUGAAAUAUUUGGGUCUCUUUUGUUCCUUCCUGGUCACAGUAUUUAUAUUGUGAUUUGUAUUCUUCUCAAUGUGCAUGGCUUGCAACGAUGACUGUUACAGAGAGAUAAAUCUGUGUGUCUAAGCGGGCUAGACCAGAGAUACUAUAUAUAAAUAAAAUGUCCCUUGAAUCUGCAAAGUUACUAAAAAAAAUUGUUAAAGAAAUAAUUCUGUUUAUAAUGGCAGAUUGUAACAUUUAUUGCACUUGCUUACUGUAACUGUAUUCUCUUGCAAACAGUUGUGACAUGUUGGAGAAAUGCUUGCUGAUGUUUUAGUAACAUGCUUAUUCCAAUGCCUUCAGAGCAAUAAAACUGAAGUUAGUAGUUCAGAUUUGAUCUGAAUUAAAAUAUUAAGCUCUUAACCCCAACCCCACCACUCUUUUUCCAAAUUGGCUUGUUAACAAAAUCCUAUUUUCAUUCCUCCAUAUCCCUCCUUUGGUUCUGUACUGGCAACUGUGGGGUGGAGUGGAAGGGGAUGGUUCUCAUCAGAUUGCUCCUGAACUGCUGCCUGCUUCAUGAGCAGUCUUCAUAGCAGCCCAGUUCCAAAUUGCUUAGAGGUAUUAAAAACAAACAACCCCCCACAUAGUCUAGCUGGCACGUGGAAGGGUAAUAAGUGCACAUUUUUCAAGCAAGCCACAUGAAUGUUUUGAUGUAGUAGAUUGCUUGAGAGCCUGCAUUAUUAUAUGCAAACUAUAUGUAUAUAUUUGCAUAUCUCAAACUAUUCAAUAUAGAUAAGCGUCAUUACUUUGGUUAUCUAAUCCUCCCUUUUAUACCACAAAUGAAUCAUGACUUGAACAAAAUUACUUCUAGGAAGUACAAUUUAUAAUACAGUACUAAUUCACUGUGAUCCUUUUCAAUAACAAACUUAUUAAGUAUAUAAACAUUAUAUUGGGAGUCUCUAAAUACUCCCAAUUGAUAUUUUAUAUCCCUAAAGUGUGUUUUUUGGUAAGAAUGAAUCUUUAUUCACUUUGGGAGUAAGGUUUAAAACCAUUUGCCAUACAAUGUUUUUGAUGUGUCUAUCGCAGAGGACCUUGAUAUAAAAAAGCAUUGUAGUUUUAUUGACAAUUAUGAUUUUUUUAAAAUCAAAAAAUGGAAACUUACGACUUUCUUUUUAAAAUCUCUACCAAGUAUAUCUCAGUUAUCUCAGACUAAGGCUGACUUCCUGCCUGAGGGUGGGGAGAGGCAGAAUUAUUUCUUUCCUUCCACAGGUUUUGAUUUCCCUGUGGGAUUAAGCAAAAUGACAAAAUGGCGAAUGCGUAUUCAGUUAUCGUUCAGUUCAAUGAAUCCAGUGGCGCUAGUGAUAGCCAUAUGUGACUCUACAGACUACUCUCUCAAACCACAAUCCUGUUCAAGAUGCCUUCGGAAGAGAGUGUUUCUUGCCCUGCACUUGCCUUGCACUAAGAUAGCCUUCCCCAACCUGGUGCUCUCUUGAUGUUGCAGGACUCCAGUUCCCUUAACCGCUGACCACUGGCUAUGCUGCUGGGGCUGCUGUCAGUUGGAGCACAACUACAUCUGGGAGGGCGCCAGGCUGAGGAAUGCUGCUCUAAGAUUUUAUGUCCAAUUACAAGGAAUAUGAAUUUAAUAUAUAUUUUUCACUUUUUAAAAUUGUUAGGCUGACUUGGAGAAACUCUGCUUUGUGGGAGCUAUUGCAAUAUAACUAUUUGUAUCAAGAAGCCAAUAGCACCCCAGAUUAUGAUAAGGGAACUCUAUACUUUCUUAAAUUUGAAAGGAAAAUAUAUUAAAUAGUCUAAACUAAUAUGUGUGACUUAGAUAUGGCUAUGUUAUGUUAUAAACAUCCACAAUAAACCUUAUUGUAAUCAUUUUGUUGUGGUAUAUAUCUUUUUCUGUUUUCUUAAGCACUCUGCAGGAGUCAAGUGGAGCCACAGUCCUUCCACAAGAUUCUAAUUUACUUGGGAAACAAUAAUAUUUAUUAGAAAAGAGAAAGCAAGCUUUUUGUGAUUUUAUAAAUGACUUUAAAGGGGCAUUUUAUAUAGCAUGGUAUGUCCAUUCAGCAAUAUUUGAAUGUUUCCUAGCUAAUGUUCACAGCCUUUUGGAUGUUGAAAUUAAUCAGUUAACUUGUUCCUCCUGCAUGUUGUUUGCUGAAAUAAUCCAAAUAUGUUUACUUUUGUUAGCUUAACAAAAGCAAGAUAGUGUAUGUAACUGGUUUGUGAGAUGGUUUUUUUGUGUGUUAAUAUUUCGUAUUCAUUAAAAUUUGUUUGUGAUUUAAA